AUGGAUGAACUUCGCCAUGAAAUCGCUAACAUGCCCCCUAUUACCAAAUUUUAUGCAGCCUCGUGUCUAUUUCUUUCAAUCGCUGUGGUAUGUUUGUAUUGGAAUUUUCAAUACUUUUGUUCAAGCACCUUGGGAUUUUAUCCCCUCUACAGCUAUACUUCAAUCCGUCACUUGUGUUUGGAGAACUUCAGGUAGUUUAUUCCUAUCGUCAUUGAUUUUCUUUAGCUGUGGAGGCUGAUUACAUGUUUCUGCUUUUUUGGACACAUUGACUUCAAUUUCUUUUUCAACAUGUAUUUUGUAUACCGAUAUUGCCGAAUGCUCGAAGAAAACUAUUACUAUGGGCGUUCGGCUGACUUUCUCAUGAUGUUCAUUUUUGGCGGUUGCCUCUCCAUUGUAUGUGUUGUCGGUUUUCUUAUUUUCGUCGCAUAGAUCGCUGGAAUGUUUUUACAGAUGCUCUUUCUCAGUCACGUUUUGACCAUGAUGCUCGUCUAUGUUUGGAGCCGCAGAAGCCCGUCGGUGCGGUUAAACAUUAUGGGUCUUUUCACAGUUAACGCUCCCUAUUUGCCUUGGGUUUUCUUCGCCAUAUCCUACCUUCUUGGUAACAAUGCUAGCGUCGACUUUGUUGGCAAGUUUAUGUCCUCGAUUUAUCGCUUUAGGAAUUGUAAUUGGGCACCUAUACUACGUUUUGGAGGAUGUUUUUCCUAACCAACCCCAAGGAUUUAAAAUACUGCGAACACCGACAUUUCUGUAUGUUUCCAGCUGUAUCUUAUACAUUAUCUUAGAACGAACCUUCUUGAUGGGCGGCGGGACGAUCCGGCUUAUCGACCUCUUCCAGAAGAACGGCCUGGCGGGUUCGACUGGGGCGCUAAUUGA